AUGGGGCUUGCGGCCCAGAUGUUCCACAAGGCCCCGACAACCGGAGAGCCCGACACCCUGCAGGAGCCCAGCCCAGGACGCCCCACGGAGGAGCAGAAGGAGAAGGAGCUGCAGCACAAGGCCCUCAUGGCGAGCAUGUUCAACAAGCAGGUGGACAAGAAGGGCCGGGCGUUUGACCCCGUGGCGAAGAAAAAGGCCAAGGAGGCCGAGGAGGAGGCCCUCGCCGCCGGGAAGAAGCUGAAGGAGGAGGUGGUGAAGGCCAUCAUAGAGGGCAUCGCCAACACGAUCCGUCUGACGGAUCCGAAGAAGGGCAUCCGCAUGUCCGAGCUGGGCGGCCACCCCAUCAUGCACGCGCUGAAGGAGAAGCACGCGAACGAAUUCAAGACGAUUCAGCUCCUUCUCUUCAUCAAGGCGCAGAAAAACGUCUUCUGGAUAGACGACGAGGAUAGCACCAAUCCAACACUCCGCUGCAAAGAGGACGUGGACGCCGAGACAGCCCCGGACGAAAGGUCCAUAGAGGAGAUCAUCGAGGAGAGGCGGCAGAGGCUGGGACCAGGCGGCACGCCCGUGACCAAGGAGACGUUCAAGGCGUGGAAGGAGAAGAGGGACGCCGAACGGGCGGCGAAGGAGGAGCAGCAGAGGACGGAGGCGAAGAAGAGCGGCGGGAAGACCGCCGUCGGCAUGAGCGGGCGCGAUUUGUUCACCUACGACGCGUCGCUGUUCGUGGACGACGACGACGCGGUGGACGAGAAAGCCUACGCGGACAGGGUGGAGGGCCCCCUGAGCGACCGCGAGAGAGAGGACGAGGACGAGGAGUCCGACGACGACUCGGUCGAGGAUGCCGCCGAAGAGGGUGGCGCGAGAGGUAGCGGCGACGGCGCUCCCGGCGCGCCGUCCUCGUCCGCCAGACAAGAAGGGGACGCCGCUCCGAUCGAUGCGGACGUCUUCCUGGAGGAGGGGCAGGGUCCGCGAGACCCCGAAGACGAGGAGUCGUAG